ACGCGCCCUAAUUGUAUUCACGUAAGAGUCCCGGAUAAACAAUGGAAAACCGACAGCUGCUGCUGAUAAUUUAGGAAAAUGUCACAGUUACAUAACACCGGGAACAACUGAAGCAUUCUUUGUGCAAGCAUAAAUAUUUUCGAGUAUGAUGGAAGAAACGACUCUACCCGCCGAGGAACCCGAGGAAUAUGAUUAUGACAGUUUCGAUGAACAGUUAGAUGAUCGUCCAACUGAAAGAUGGGCUCCUCUCGGACAAGCCACUAGUCCAGCCCCAUCAAGAAUGGAACUGAACCAUGAAAGUCACUUGGAAGAGUUAGAUCGACUGGAGAAAGAACAGGAGCAGCUGAACUCUUCACUUCUUGCCCUCACGACACACUUCGCUCAGGUUCAGUUCAGACUGAAGCAAAUAGUGAAUUCAGAGCCGGACCAAAAGGAGGUAUUGUUAAAGGAAUUAGAAGAAUUUGCUUUCAAAGGAAUUCCAGAUGUAAGGGGGAGUCGAGUACAAGAUGCACAGAUUUUGGAAGAAAGGAGUGACAAAGAACAUGAAGAUAAAAUAAAUGAACAAAGAGAGAAACAAAGGGAAUUAAUUCAACAGCUGAAAUCACAGCUUGAGGAUUUAGAAAAUUAUGCAUAUGAGACAGGAGAUGUUGAAGAGCUGCCCACUAAUAAGAUGAUGGAGAAACAGAGGAUUGUUAUCGACGAGCUUAAGACCAAACUGGACCUCAAUAUGGAGAAUUUUGAUAAACUCAGCACGGACGACUUGAAAAACGUAGUGGAUCAUGCCAUAGGACAGAUUGUUAACCCUGCCAAGGUUAAAGAAAAGCUUGUAGGACAGCUUAGAACUCAGGUGGUGGAUCUAGAGAGGUUUAUUGCUUUCCUGCAAGGAGAAGCUAGCAGCCCAGGACCUCUAGGGAAAGAGAGAUGCACUUGCCCAGUUCAUAAGUUUCCGGAUGACAGUUCCGAUACCUCAAAAGACUGCUGUACGGGAGUACCCCAAAGCCAGAAUCGUCGCCUGAAGGAGAAAGCCGAGAGGGAAAAGAAUGUCAAGGAUACGCAGGCCUUCAUCAAGAAGACCUUAACCAUACUACAGAUGUUCAUUAUCUCACAGUUUGGAUGUGGGUCAGGAGAGUUCAAGAAAAACAUGAUGAAAAAGACAACAAAGGGAAACCACUGGGGUGACCUUAGAGCUAGGUUAGAAUUGGCCAUCAACAAAACAUUAGAACUGUCACAAAAUCAAGAGGAGGAUCCAAAAGAUGACCAGAGUGAAUAUGGAAGUGAUUCAGAAGAGAGCCAGGAGCAGAGUAGUCCCGCCCUGACUCAGUGCGUGAGGAAGGACCUCGCCAUGGCGAUCCGGGACCUGAUGCAACACGGACUUAUGGAGGUGGGGCAGAGUAAGAGUUUGGUGCCUUUUGGCUGUAUCCCCAACAGAUCAGCAGCUAUCACACACUCUCUACAUGCCUGGGAUUUACUUCUCAAGUUUUAUGAUAUGAAGCAUGGCAGACAAUACAAUGAGUCCCCAGCCAGAAAGUUGUCCCAGUCCUUUCACUUGGAGAUGGUCGGGGGAAAGCCCAUCACAGCCAAACAGACUUUACUGGGGGCCAUAGACACAGUCAUCUCCUCACACACCCCACUCAAACGCUCAGAAGACUCUCAUUUUAAAGCUUUCAUCUCCUUGGCUCUUAAUGAAAAGAAGUUGGUGGUCUGGUUUAAGUUACUUUUUCGCACUCAGACUCUGAUAGAUAGCUACUAUCAGGACUGGAGUUAUGUGGCCAGGACAGGUUUUGAUGAUGCUCUUAAGUCCCUGGACAAGCUGAACAGCAUUCCAUUCAAACUUCCUGUUGACCUUGCCGUACGACCUUUCAGUAAUAUCAAGGAUGCGUUCUAACCUUCUUCAGCUUAAAGACACAAUAUUGAUGGAUUCAGCAGGGGGUAUUUACCCAAAGAUUCAAAAAAUAAGAUUCCUACUUAAGAAUUUUUUUCCAUCCCUGUCAUCUUUUCAGGAAUUUUGAACUCUGUUAAUAAUUUUUUUCACUCAACAUCAUGUGUUUGUUUUAUAAUCCUUAAACAAUUUUUGUAGAUCAUAUUUUUUAGACUUGAAACUGAUAAGAAGCAUUAUCAUUAUAAUAUUCAAUUGAUGAAUUUAAAAUUUCAUGAAUGUGCUCUUUUAUAGCAUAGAUAUGUCCAGUUUUCAUAUUAAUAUCAUAUGCAUACCAACUGACAAGUCUCGUUUUAUGUUGGAAUAAAGUUACUUAAUCUCACAAUAUUUAAUAGGAUAAACUUGCAAUUUCAAAGAUUUCGAUACACUAAAUCCAUUUCAAUUCUUUUUAACUUAGUCAGAAAACUUAUUGUUAUUAGUUUAGUUCCCUAAUGGAGUAGGAUUUUUUUUAGGGGUGGGUGGGUAGACUAGGUAAUCAUAGAGCUAAGGGGAUGUGGCUAGGUGUACUGUAGUUACUCUACUCUUUUCAAUUAUUUCUAUGCGCCAUUUUUUCAGAAGGAAAGGGCAUCAAGAGUAUUUAUUUAGCCUUAUUGGUUAUGAUAAACUAAAUGUUUUAGAAGUCCAGAUCCCUGUAUCCCUUUGGAGUUACAAUGUACCAAGUUGUAUCCACAUGUAAUUCUUGUAUAUCAUAAUGUCAUUUAGAACCAUUUCCAGCUUAGUUUGGACUUUCAGUAAGUCAUGGCAUUCUCGACGCUACAUGUUUACUGCCUGUCAAAUGGCGAAUAGAUUCUCAUUGGUUAAGAAAUUAAUAACAUCAGGAACUUUAAAUUGUUGUUGACAAGAUUGUUGAUGAGAUGAAUUAAGCUUCAGCUCUUUGUAGGAUGAAACAAUGUAAUUGGUUAUUCGAUACACUGAUUGGCAUUUGCCCGAAUUUCUAUCCCAUGUAUAUUUCAACAGUGAAGGAAAGCUGUGUAAAUUUCAGAAGCUAUUUAUGUAACGUCAAGAAUGUCACACCUUACUGAAAGUACAAACUAAGCUAGAAAUGGUCCUACCUAGGAUAAUUCAAAAUUCGUGAGUGACUCUGACAUUUUUAUGAAUAGGAAAUUCAACUUUUAUCCCUUGCUCCAGUUUAUUGAACACUGAGAUGAACUCAAUGAUAUCUCACAAUAUUCACUAUGUCCAGUUUUUUCUGACUUUAAUGUCAUGAAAUCAACACCUGCCUACCCACCUCCUUUCAAGAAAAACCUAGAUAUAUUAUGUAAAGGAUCCGGAGAUGGUGCUUUAUGUUCAUAAAAGUUAUUAUUAAAAUAUAGACAUAAUAUUUGUGCAAUAGAUAGACUGAGUAAAGAAUCUCUUCUGAAAUGUAUACAAAGUACUUCAUAUGUAGGUCUUCAAUAUUGACGCAAUACUAAUUGUAUCAGAGUUUCAUAUAUAUUAGCAUUUUUGGAUAUAUACCUGUAAGUUAAAUAUAAAGCGAAUCUCACUUUUUCUGUCUCCAAUCAUGGUUAAAUAUUCUAUAUCACUUAUAUAAUAGCUCAAUGAUAAUUAUUUAUUAGCUUUUUGUGGAUUACGCUGUAGUUGAGCAUAUUAACUAAUGAAUUCCAUUAACUUUUACAUUCCUUAAGUUAUGUUCUGAAUUAAUGAUCAUAAUAGAUCUCUUUGCUUUAUAAAAAUACAUUGUAUUUAUAAAUGUAUUUAUUCUUGUAGGAAAUCCAUCUGUUUACAUUUAUGUUAUAUUUUAUUCUUCACACAUUAUACAUGUAUGCUCAUAUUAUUAUUUUUCAAAGUUUAUGUACUAGUAUUUAUGAAAAUGAAAUCCUUUGUUCUUUAUCUGAUUAAUCUAUCUUUUUUAUGGUUGUGUUGAUAAAAUACUGCAUAUUUUUGUGCAAUAAUUUUUGUUUUGAAAUCCAGUUUCCUAUCCUAUGUAUGUUAUAAUUAUAAUAAUAAUGUACUGUACUUGUAUGUAUGAAAAGCCAAAAUUCAUCAGGUUACUGUAUGCAUGUUUGAGAAUAUUUAUUUGUAAACUUACGGGGAAAUGGGUAUAUGUAUGAUGUCAUGAGUAGUUAUUUAAAAAAGAUCAAUUUCAAAAUAUACCAAACAUUAUAAAUGUAGAUUACAGCAGUCAAAUAUCAAAUGAGAAAAUAAUUCAUAGGUAUACAUUUUUCACCACAAAUACAAUUACUAUAAAUGUUUGUAAUGAACUAUAUGUAAGUAAAAUCUUCUGCUCUCUUAUUUAUAAAAUGUGAUAAAAUUUCAAAUAAUUGGUUAACAUGUUUCUGUGCAAUAUCCUUGUAAAUAUAUAAAUAUAGUACAUAAGAGACCGUAUAACUAUACAUGCUACAUAAGUCUCUGGUUCAUGCUCUUGAGUUUACCUGCAAUACCUCUUUUUAACGUGAAUUAUGGUUAGAAGUAAUAAGAUAUUUUACUCCUAUUAAUGAUAAUUAUAAUUGGCAUUUAAAUCUCUCACAUUGUUAUCUUUGUUGUAGAAUGAAUAAAUUUAUUUUGAUGUUGCAUUA